AUGUCCGCCAACUACUGGGAGUCGACGCAGAGGCGGCACUGGCUCUUCACCAAGGAAGAGCUCGCCUCGAUGCGCCAGAAGCUGGAGGAGGAGAAUGCCGACCUUGUCCGCAUGUUUCCCCUUCCGCAGCCGAGGCACAUGGCCAUCUACUUCAACCAACAGCUACUGAGGCUGGGGAAGCGCCUCACCAUCCGCCAGCAGGCCAUGGCCACCGCGCAGGUCUACCUGAAGCGCUUCUACAGCAAAGUCGAGAUCCGCCGCACCAAUCCGUAUCUCGUCAUCACCACGGCCAUCUACCUGGCCUGCAAGAUGGAAGAAGCGCCGCAGCACAUCCGCCUCAUCGUCACCGAGGCGAGGCAGCUCUGGCAGGACUUCAUCGGCCUGGACACGUCCAAGAUUGGAGAAUGCGAGUUCAUGCUCAUCAGCGAGAUGAACUCGCAGCUCAUCGUGCAUCAACCCUACCGGAGCCUGCUGGCCCUGCGGCCCGAGCUGUUGCUGGUGGACGAGGACGUGCAGCUCGCCAAAUCCAUCAUCAACGACCACUACAUGACGGACCUGCCGUUCCUCUGCCCGCCGCACAUCGUCGCGCUGGUGGCAAUCCUCCUGGCUCUCGUCCUCCGCCCCAACUCGUCGGUGCCGGGGCAGGCCUCGGGUUCCGCCGCAGCGGCCGGCCUCGCGGCCGCCCAAGCCGCCCUGAGCCAGGCACACACCGCUCGAUCGGGCCAGGGCGGGAUCCUGUCCGACAUCCCGUCGAUGCCCGAGGUCAAGGAACGCGUGCAGGAGGCCAGAAUCACCCGCGUACAGAAUUUCGCCGCGUGGCUGGCGGAGAGCGACGUCGACAUUGCCGCCAUGGUGGACGCGACACAGGAGAUUAUCUCCUUUUACGAAUGCUACGAGCAGUACAACGACAAGCUUACCAAGGAGCAAAUCAACCGAUUCGUCAAAGCUCGGAAUCUUGACAAGUAG